GUUCGGCUGCUUUUCUAACAAAUUUGGUUUUUAUUAGAAAAAUGUUAUUUGUUUAUUUUAUUAUCUUACCGCCCUUUUGCCUUUCGGUGGUGCUGUCUUCUGGUUCGAUCGAGGAUCCCGGCGCGUCAUCCAUCCAGCUCCUAGGGUUUUGUUCGAUCGAAUCUGCGCUGUCCUGUCCUACCACGAAAUCGCGGUCUUCUUCUUUUCUUUUCGGAGUGGUCGCUUCCUCGGGGAACACCAUUGGAGUCAGAGUUCUCUGCGUUUAGUUUCACGGUAAGGGAGACAAAAAAUACUUCAACAGGCCAUAGCAGCAAUAUGGCAGUUUCCAUGAGGGAGGUUGAUUCUGCAUUUCAAGGAGCUGGGCAAAAGGCCGGGCUGGAAAUCUGGCGAAUUGAAAAUUUUCAGCCUGUGGCUGUUCCAAAAUCUUCAUACGGGAAAUUUUUCAGUGGAGAUGCGUAUGUAAUCCUAAAGACAACUGCUCUGAAAAGCGGUGCUCUUCGAAAUGACAUUCAUUAUUGGCUGGGUGAAAAUUGCAGUCAGGAUGAAGCUGGUGCUGCUGCAAUCAAGACAGUUGAGCUGGAUGCAGCACUUGGUGGUCGUGCUGUUCAAUACCGUGAAGUGCAAAGCCAUGAGACUGACAAAUUCUUGUCUUAUUUUAAACCAUGUAUCAUACCACAAUCAGGGGGGAUGGCAUCUGGAUUCAAGCAUAUUGAAGUGAAUGAACAUGAUCAUAAGACUCGCUUGUUUGUUUGCGAAGGAAAACAUGCUGUUCAUGUUAAAGAGGUUCCUUUUGCUCGAUCCUCGUUGAACCAUGAUAGCAUUUUUAUUCUUGACACGAAGUCCAAGAUUUUUCAGUUCAAUGGUUCUAACUCAUCUAUUCAGGAGAGAGCUAAAGCUCUUGAAGUUGUUCAAUAUGUUAAAGAUGCUUAUCAUGAUGGAAAGUGUGAUGUGGCGACUGUCGAGGACGGAAAGCUAAUGGCUGAUGCUGAUGCUGGAGAGUUCUGGGGCCUUUUUGGUGGAUUCGCUCCUCUUCCAAGGAGAGGAGCUGAUGAUAAUGUAAAUGGAAUCACUCCUACAGUAAAGCUCUUUAGUAUUGAAAAAGGGCAGCCAGUGCCUGUGGUCGCUGAUAAAUUGGCAAGAGAGUUGUUGAACACGAACAAGUGUUAUCUACUUGAUUGUGGCGUUGAAGUAUUUGUGUGGAUGGGGAGAAGUACUUCUCUUGAAGAAAGGAAAAGUGCCAGUGCGUGUGCUGAAGAAUUAAGUCAUGGUCCUGGUAGAUUAAAAGUUCAAAUAAUUCGUGUCAUUGAGGGGUUUGAGACUACAUUGUUCCGUGCAAAGUUUGAUGCAUGGCCACGGUCUGCUGAUGUCUCUGUUUCUGAGGAUGGUAGAGGCAAAGUGGCAGCACUUCUUAAACGCCAAGGUGUAAAUGUUAAGGGUCUCAUGAAAGCUUCUCCUGUGAAAGAAGAACCUCAACCAUAUAUUGAUUGCACCGGCAAUUUGCAGGUUUGGAGAGUAACUGGGAAUGAAAAAUAUCUUCUGUCAUCUUCUGAACAGUCAAAGUUCUAUAGUGGAGAUUGCUAUAUUUUUCAGUAUAGCUUUCCUGGAAAUGACAAAGAGGAAUAUCUUUUGGGCACCUGGUUUGGCAAGGAAAGCACUGUGGAAGAGAGGGCUGCAGCUAUUUCACUUGCCACAAAUAUGGUCGAAUCCUUAAAGUUCCAGGCUGUUCAAGCUCGCAUUUAUGAGGGAAAGGAGCCUACCCAGUUUUUGUCAAUAUUCCAGAGCUUGAUUGUAUUUAAGUUUAAUCUUGCAGGGUGGCAUGAGCUCUGGAUACAAAAAGUUCAGGAAGGAGAAUGCCAUUGAAGAUGAGACUUAUUCUCCUGACGGCAUUGCUUUGUUUAGAGUUCAAGGUUUUGGACCUGAUAAUAUGCAAGCAAUUCAAGUU